AUGCGACUGCAGCAGCUGACUGCCCUGGCUGCCACAGGGACAUUUGGGGACAAGCGGGCGGCGAGCUCGCCCUGGGCCCUGCGGGCCGUGCGGCCCGGGCCGGCGGGUGAGCUGAGGGCCCCGGGACACCGGAGGCCUCCGCUGCGGGUGCCCCCUGGCCAGGCCCACGCAUUGAAGCCGUGGCGAACGUCUCUACCCCACCCGACUUAUGGCAGCAGCGGCUUCUACGGCCGGGACCACACCCAGACCCGCCGGCCCCAGCGUGCGGGCCUCGCCGAAGCCCCAACGGGGCUGCCCGGAUGCAACGCCUCUGCGCGGCGGAAGGCCGCGCGGCGGAAGUGGCGGGCCGGGAAGCAUGGCGGCCACUCGAGGGCGGCGCGGCGGAAGUGGCGGGCCGGGAAACAUGGCGGCGGCUCGAGGGCCGCGCGGCGGAAGUGGCGGGCCGGGAAGCAUGGCGGCGGCUCGAGGGCAGCACGGCGGAAGUGGGCACCAGGAAGCAUGGCGGCCGCUCCAGGGCCGCGCAGCGGAGCCGGCAGUUCUCGGAGGGCCUGGGAAGGCGGCCUACGGACCCAGGCGGGCUCGGCCGCCUCUCUAGGUCACGGAGCCGUGCAGAUCCGGGUCCCCAGUGACCACUCGGUCCCCACUGGGAGAGACCUACUUAGUGCUGACGACGGACAAAGGCCUUCACAGGCCCGGCAGGUGAGCGAAGUUCCGAACGAGGCGGGUGGAACGGUUAGCGGCCAUCGGGGGUCCGCGGUCAUUGCGCCAGACCUUGCUGUGGGGACAGAGAAAGGCAGAAUGACAGGCCACGUCGGCGCGUUGGAAAUGCCCGCCACCCUCUGGGAAGAUUGCUGGCUGUGUAUGGAAGGCCUGUGUGUAUAAUAUGAAAAAGCUGCUCUCAGCUGCAC